GACCUAGGGCAGAGCUUGUAGGAGCUUCCUGGUUGAGUGGACACGUGGUUCCGUGUCUGCCUAGCUGCUGCUGCCUGUCAAUGUGCAGCGAUUUCCAGCCUCACUCUUCUCUCCGUUUUAUCCUCCCGUUGAGCACAUCCACGCCGCGGCGUCCCUCCCGCUCCUGCUCCUCCUCAUCCUCGCUCCACCUCGGCAUCCUCUCUGCCCCGGAGCCGCAGACAGACAACGAGGCCAAGCCGUGGUCACUUGCAUUCAGCGUCUGGAGAGAAAGUGCGUGCGUGAGCUUGAGAGUGGUGCCUCCGCCGCCGCCGCCGCCGCCACCGGUCCGUGCAUCUUCUCGCCAUCCCGCCUCGUUGUUUGGGUCAUGACGCUAGAAGCCAUCCGCUAUAAGGCCGGCUCUUUGCAGGUCCUCAACCAGCUGCAACUGCCUCACCAUACCGUGUACGAUGAGAUCCGCUCUGUCCAGGACGCGUACGAGGCCAUCAAGUCUAUGAAGGUGCGGGGUGCUCCUGCCAUAGCCAUUGUGGGGUGCCUGAGCUUGGCUGUGGAGCUGCGGACUGGUGCUGGGGGUGAUGACCCCGUGACCUUCAUCAGAGAGUCCCUGUGUCACCUGACCUCUGCCCGUCCCACGGCCGUCAACAUGGGUCGUGCUGCCAGAGAGCUCAUGGAGUUUGCUGAAAAUGAGAGCAUGGAGAAGAACUCGGAGCAGCUCAGAGAAAGUGUAAUUGCCUGGAUCGAAGACAUGUUGGAGCGCGAUGUCAAUGAUAACAGGAAGAUUGGGAACUAUGGCGCCCAGCACAUCCUGUCUGGCGUCCCGAGGGACUCUGUGACCAUCCUCACACACUGCAACACUGGUUCCCUGGCUACUGCUGGAUACGGCACUGCACUAGGAGUGGUGAGGAGUCUGCACGCGUUGGGCAGGCUGAAGCGCAUGUACUGCACAGAGACACGGCCGUACAACCAGGGCUCCAGGCUGACGGCAUAUGAGGCUGUGGCAGAGGGCAUCCCCGCCACUCUCAUCACAGACAGUAUGGCUGCUCUCACCAUGAGGGAAAUGGACAUCACAGCGGUAGUCGUUGGAGCAGACAGAGUUGUGGCCAAUGGAGAUACAGCAAACAAAGUGGGCACAUAUCAGCUGGCCAUCGCAGCCAAGCACCAUGGCAUCCCCUUCUAUGUGGCAGCACCCAGUACAUCAUGUGACCUCAGCCUGGAGAGUGGCAGGGACAUUAUCAUUGAAGUGCGCCCCCCAGAGGAACUCACCAGUAUAAAUGGAGUCCCCAUUGCUGCCCAAGGUAUUGAAGUAUGGAACCCGGCCUUUGACGUGACUCCACAUCAGCUUAUCACAGGAGGCAUCAUCACAGAGCUGGGGGUGUUUCUGCCGUCAGAGCUCCAGGCAGCGCUCACAGGACGACUCACUGCCCUCUAGACACCCCUCCCCCAAUCCCUGCCCUACACUGGCCCACCUGCACGACUGCACCUCAACAUGUCAGACGCUCACAUUUUAUAGUCCAGACACUGUUAUACAUCCUGAUUAAUUUAGUAAAUGUAUAGUCCUUGUUAUUCAUAAGUAAUACAUACAAACAACCACCCCAAACUGCACAUGAACACACCAAUUUGUCUGUUUCUUAACCCAUUUACAUUGCCAUCAUCUAUGUUCUUCCUUUCUAAAAUGGCUUCUGAAACCUUUUGUAGACCCAAACAAACUUGACAGACAACAAGGUCAAUUGGAGGCAAAUAUUCAGGGCAUACAUUGACAGAAUACUUUCUAAACACUGCAUACAUUUUCUAACUUAAAGUAGUGCUUUUAAUCACUAGUUUCCAAAUGAAAGCUGCUACCCACCUGUAAAUAACCAUGACUGGUAGUGUACAUAUGUAGAGAUACUAAAUCCUGCUAGUAGAAAACAUUGCUAAAUUAACCAAAUGUGUGGUUAUUUAAAUUUGAUAUCAGAUAUGUUAUAUUAACAUUCAACAUCUUGUUUUUCUUGUAGAAUCUUUUGUAGAUGCCCUAAUGUAUAGUUCGUAGUUUCAGAUACGACUUUAAUUGGUUUUCCCUCCAAAUGUUGCAUUUCGCAUGUUAAACAUUGUCACAGUCAAUUGAAGCCUUUUAACAAACCUAAUUACAUUAAUACCUCACUUCAUGUGUGUCUCUUAACGGUGCAUCACAUAUAUUCUGUAUUUAUAUAAUCUGUAUACAGCUACAUAUACACUAUAUGUAACCACACAUAUCAUAUUGCAAACUGCACAGGAUGCUUCUUAAUAAUUUUUAACUGAUAAAAGUGCACCAUACAAUAAUUAAAUGAGAAAAAAAAGUUUAUAUUUUCUUUUUUAAAAGGGGGGGCAUGAAUAAUUAAUCAAACAUUUCAUUGCAUUCAUUGUGUUAAUAUUUAUGAUUAUCAACUUCUACACUAUUGCUCGAUGACUGAUCAGUAAAUCUAAUCUAAAAAAUACAACCAGUUCCUCCAUACUGCUAUAUAGUUUGUAUUUGCAUCAUAAUUUCACAAACAGUCGAAUUAAAAACAAAUUUGCUUCCUAACCUGUGUAUAUAUAUGUGUAUAUAUAUAUAUAUAUAUAUAUCCAACCUUGUAAGCAGCAUAAUUGUCCACUGGCUUGUUGAUUCAUACUAAUCCUUGGUUUACCCUGGGUUUGAACUGGCACAAAUUGCUCCAUGUCCCUGUUUCGAAUGUAAAACUGCUGGUACCUCAGAAAAGCUCCAACUUCUUGCCUUCAUCUUUCACACAGAAUGUUACAUUUAUCAAAUGCUGAACCCAAGCAAUCUAAAGACACAAAUACACCAUCGCAUCCUUGCCAUUAUAAAAUAAUAUACAUGUUAACAAUGUACUUUGUUUUUAUAAUUUAGCAAAUUAGUUACCAGACAAUAUUUUUCCUGUAACAUUGAUGUGUGUGUUUCGUUUUUGUUUGACCACUGAGAACCUGAAAAAUGUCUUGGUUAAAAUCAUAAAAUGUCCACUAUCCUCCUUCACUUAAGUCAUCUCUGCACCCUCUACCCCUUUGUCCACAUUUUCUCUGUUGAACCUUCACUCCUGAUGGUGCUGUUAGAUCAUGUGCUUAAAAAACACUUGUGCAUUUAUAUUCUUUUUGUAUCUAUAAGAUCAUCAAUUUAAAAAAAAGACAUUAAUCCAGACAUAUGUAGCAAUUGUGGUUGUCACCAACAUUUUUUGGUAAACAAAGUUUAAGAAUAUAAUUGCUUAGCCGUGCUUUUUUUAAUUUAUUAUUUCUUAGUGACUAGCUCAUGAAUACACCACACUGGGGAGGCCUCCUCAACCAUAUGCACUACCUCUCCGACAAAGGCAUGAAAGCAAGCACUGAACUGUGAUGGGCUGCGGCAGGGCUGAGUAGUCGAAGUAUAAAUGAUAUUGAUUUCCCCUACUGUUGAUUGAUAAAAGUAUUGUCUGACUUUAAUGAAAUGGCUGAACACUAAUUUAAAGUGCAACAGCUUUCAUCGAGUUUAAACUUUCGGUUGGCUAUUGAGAAUAGAUCAACACAACAAAAUGCUGUCAGUACGUUUAAUCUGGUGCCAAAUUGAAUUGCUGCUAUGUCUGAAUGUGAAAGUGUGUAGCCUGCCAAUGCUGUGGAAGGAGUGUUGUUCAGAUGGCCUCUUACAGUACAAAAUUAUUAAUAUUCACUUGGGUUUAUUUUGUAACCAGUGAAAAUAUUUAACAGGAUUUUCUAAAAAUGUGUAUAUGGAUAUAUACUGUAAAGUGCAGUCAUUAAGAGAUUUCUCUUUCACAAAAAAUAAAUAAAAUAAAUAAACCACAGU